AUGAACAUCGACAGUGUGCUCGUCACCGUGGGAAUGGGCCGUUACCAGUUCGCAGGUUGCGUGCUUUUUGGCUUCAUGAUUAUGUAUUCGAACGUGUCGCCGGUUACCUACAUCUUCACCGCCGGUGAUUUGAAAUACAGGUGCACGAUACCGGGAUGCGACUCACAGAAUCCGGCUGAAAGAAUUUACGAACCAGAAUGGUUGCGAUUCACUACUCCUUACCGGGAAAACACAGGACUGCCGCACAAAUGUAAGCGGUACUCCAGGAAUCCGGCUAAUAGUUCGCAGUGUUUACAAAAUGUCUUCGACAAUAACACAAUAGAAUUAUGCCAUGACGGAUGGGUGUUUGAAGAUAACGAGAACACCAUCGGCAAUGAGUUUGAACUUAUGUGCGAGGAAAAUAAAUGGAAGCUGUCAAUGGUGGGCACAGUCAACAACUUAGGUCAGUUUAUCGGCAUACCCGUGUCUGGAAUAAUCGCAGACAAGUUUGGUCGAAAAUUCGCUAUGGUGUUUUGUGCUGUUACAUCGGCCAUAAUAUGUAUUAUUCAAUCGUUUUCGGUUAAUUACCAGAUGUUCUUGGUUUUGGAAUUGUUGUCUUCCAUCAUUUCCAGUGGUGUUUAUACAGUCACGAUCAUAUUAGCUAUGGAGUUGGUGCUUCCUAAUCACCGAGUACUAUACUAUUCGAUUCUGGAAUGUUUUUAUCCAAUUGGUGCAAUACUCGUGGCUUUUAUCGCCAGUCUAGUGAAAGACUGGAGGCUUUUGUUACAAAUAGCCAACAUCCCGGGAUUACUGUUCUUAUCAUACUUUUGGCUUAUGGAAGAAUCAAUGAGAUGGUUGGAAAUGCAAGGCAAACAUGACAGAGUAAUCAAUGUGCUCAAGAGAAUAGCGGGUAUUAAUAAAAAGUCUUUACCUGUACUACCUUCAAACACACAAAUGGAGACGAUCAAUUAUAAUGACGAAAACGACGCAAAAUACGUCAGUAUUUUAAAAGAUGUAAUCGGCUCUCCAACAAUGUUAUGUAGAUUGAUCAGAUGUUCACUUGUGUGGAUAGCGAUAACGUUAGUGUACUACGGGCUGACAAUAUGCGCAACUGACAUUGCAGGGGACAAGUAUCUGAACUUCUCGUUGGCCUCAUUCGUAGAAAUACCGGCCUGCUUGUUGAAUUGGUUGAUUAUGGAAAGGAUGUCCCGAAAAAUGUCGUUGUCCUGUAUGUUUGUCUUGAGCGGUUUGUCCAGUGUCCUAUACAACUCAGUGCCAGAAUCAUUACUUUUGAUAAAGUUAUUAAUAUUCCUGAUUAAUAAACUCGCAAUAUCCAUCGCGUUUUGCAUAAUUUACUUGUUGACCGUGGAGAUAUUUCCAACUAGGAUGCGAGCAACCCUAUUAUCCGUGUGCUCUAUGAUUGGUCGGAUUGGAUCCAUGUUGGCACCACAGACUACGUUGCUGGCUGAAUACUUUGGCAAUUACGUGAACAUGUUCGUAUUUGGUACGACGGCGCUUUUGGCAGCCGCGAUUACCAUGACUCUUCCGGAAAGCAAAAACAUCAAGUUGCCCGACACCGUCGUCGAAGCUGAACAAAUCGGGAUCGACCGCCUGCUACCCGAAAACGUCGAAAACUCUUAAUCCUACAAUAAUUAUUAACAAUAAUAUUUUUAUACGCACGCAAAAAAACGAUUUUAUAAUGUGCACGGAACGUCCCCGAACACCACGUAAAGUGGUUUUCGAGAAGAUUUUAAAAUUUAUACUCUAUAGAUAGUACCUAUAUUGUUUAUUAUAUGCGAUGUUUUUAGAUAGCUUGUUGUUCAGACACUCUAUACAUGUAAUAAUAAAUUUGUUACUGCUCUCUGCAACUUCUCGUCACAAGAACGUUUCGACAUUUCGUACACAUAACACUUGCCAAUAGGGUCAAUGGAAGAUGUAAGGAGCAAAUGAUGAGAUAGGUCUAUCUGUGCACCUCGCCGAAUCGAUAAUCCAGAAAGAAUGCAGUGAUCUUCAAUUAAUUUUUCUUAAUCAGAGAACUAUAUUGCUUUCGAAUAACAUUAUUAUUCUUAUUUAUAUUGUAUAUUUGUAUCUAAUUUAAAUAUUAUACGCGUAAAUAUAUUGUUCAAAUAGUAACAGUACAUUCAUAAAGUAACAAGUAUACUUUAAUUGAGGUAAGUUCCAUGUAUUUAAAAAAUUUGAAUUGUGUAUACUUUGUAUAUUUCAGGAGUAUGAUGAUACCAAGUAUUUUAUUCAAAUGUGCACCAUAUUUUUAUUUUUUUAUUUUUACUUUAAAUG